UGCUGGCCAGGACGCGCCGGGAGAGAGGACAGGUCAAAGGCAUGCCAGCUUUUCCAUGAGGCCUGGCCAGUAACAUCAGCCAUGACGUGGAGGGACAGGGACGAGAGGUAGUUUGGUCUUCUUAGCGAGGGCAGUCCGGAGCUUUGCCUCUUGAGGAGAGACCCGYAGAGGUGUUGGAUGAUGAGUACGAUAAUGUCAACUCCUGCUGCUCUCUGGUGAACCGUGACGCCCAAGUCAGAUCACUUUAGACCUGCAGCUGGACUUAACUCACAGUCCUGGUCUUACAAGGAAAUGCUCUCUCUCCUGUAUGAUCAUCCCUCAACUUUGUACGCCUUCUGUUGAAAAAACGACCUUCUGCUCUAGGAGGAAAGGAUCAAAUGGGUUGAGAACAACUGGCCCUUCUUUUUUACAGAGGAUUCUUUGAUGUGUUUUUAAGUGCCGGGACAUGAAACUGUAAACCCCUCCUUCCUGCACUCCUACCUUCUGCAAACAGCCCGGACUGCUGUCCAAGCCAGCCAGUUAAAGGGUUAACCAUAACUGGAUGCCUCAAUGGCUGCCUUACUGAUCCCGCGGAGGAACAGAGGGAUGAGGACUCGCCUGGGCUGCCUGUCUCACAAAUCAGACUCAUAUAAUGAUUUCACAGCUAUUCUUCCGGACAAGCCCAACCGGGCUUUGAAAAGACUAUCAACAGAAGAGGCUACAAGAUGGGCGGAUUCCUUUGAUGUCCUUUUGUCCCACAAAUAUGGGUUGGCUGCUUUCCGUGCUUUCCUGAAGACCGAGUUCAGCGAGGAGAACCUGGAGUUCUGGCUCGCCUGCGAGGACUUCAAGAAGACCCGCUCAGCGGCCAAACUGGCAUCCAAGGCCCAGCGAAUCUUUGAGGAGUUCAUCGACGUGCAGGCUCCUCGAGAGGUGAACAUAGACUUCCAGACAAGGGAGCUGACAAGAAGAAAUAUGCAGGAGCCUUCUCUCUCUUGCUUUGACCAAGCCCAGGGGAAAGUGCACAGCCUGAUGGAGAAAGACUCUUACCCCAGGUUUCUGAGAUCCAAAAUUUACACAGACCUGCUAUCUCAAACCCAGAGGAGGCUCAGUUAGAGCAGAACUGAGGUGGUGCCCUCAGAAACCAUGUGCUUCCCACAACAGCACAACUCCAUGUCUAAAUGUGAAGCUUCAUUGUUGUUAAAAGCAGUGGGAUGAGAAGAGAGGGAGGAGCGGGGAAGUGGGUUCACAGAGCGUGAUCCAAAAGCAAAUGCUCUGAGUUUCUGCGCUUUUUUUUCUUUUUUUUUUUUUUUUUUUUUGUUAGUGGUUGCACCUUCUCUCUGGCCCAAAAAGCAUAUCAUUGUAGUCAUCUCUGGGCCAUCUUUUGGGAAGGUAGGUUUACAGAAAAAUUGCUACGUUUUGGUUUAUGUGUAAAUAAUGCCACUUCACCCCUGUGUCCUUCCAGACAUCUCACUGGCUCUCUCUACCCCCUAUGUUGGAGGGGGCUGUAAGGGCAGUUCUGAGCCUUGUGUAGCUGAGUACAGUCUGAAGCACCAUCGCUCACCCUGACUCCUGGGCUCUGGAUCCUGCACUGUGAGGAGGAAGAGAAGGGAGGCCGAGAGAAAGCAAAGACAAAUGAUUCAUGCUGCUCUCCAGGGUGGAGACCAGCAGUAGACUCAGCUCACCUUUCCAUUUUGGUUGCACACCUGACAACACCAGCUGCUGCCCUCUCCCAGCCUCUCCGCGCCUCUGACAGGUUUCUAUUCCAGGGAUGGAGGCUAAAUGUUACUUUUGUGACUGUCAAGGAGCUGAGAUUUUUCUCUCGAGAAGGUAAUCCUAAAAGCUCCAGCUAGACCUAGUCAGGCAAGUCUUCUGGUACAAAUGAUUGCUUUUCGUUAACRUUAUUUAUUUGUACUGUAGCUCAGCCUCAAGAGCUCAUAUAGAUUGCAAAGGUUGGCUGUGCUAGGCACUGUACCAAACCAUAACACAAAGAGGCUCCAGGCCACCAAAGACAUUGCCAGGCUCACUGGCUUCUCGGGAAGAAGCAGCUAGUUAUCAGCAAAGAGUUAAGAGAAGGAAUGUCCUGUCUGUCCUGUGCUGAGAUGUAAGAAGAGCACAAGACCAGUAUGCUGUUUCAGAGACCAUUUUUUUUCAUAUAGUACCUGAGCAGCACAUGGCAGGGAAAGUGAAAAUCACUAUUAUAUUUUUAUUAUUCACCAAUUAUUGACUGUUGUUGCCUGCCGAUUGCCCACUGUGUAUGCAAAGCCGUGUAAAGAAAUACUAAAGACUAAGACCCUGCUGCAGGCACUUGCUGAAAAACAGGACCCAGGAACUCAUGCAGUGCACAGGAUGGGGGGGCUGGGUGUGCAGUGGGAUGCAAAGCAUAUGUUGGCCCUAUUCCUAUAGCCUGGAUAAUCUGGCUGCGGGAGAAGACUGUGUGCGGAUAUCAGCUGUGUGGCAGCACAUCUGUGCUGGGCAAUAAUACUUUUUGUGGUCUGAUUUCUAUGGAAUUGCUUCUCCAGCUUAUCAGCUGCCAGAUUCUUGCCAUGAGGGAAACAGCCUAUGCCCGAAUUUAAGCCUACAGACCAGAGGUCUAUUUACUUAGUCUUAUGAAGGCCUGGGAAGUGAUCCCAUGGAUUUUUUCCAUCUUUCGUCUUGGUCAUCUGUGGAUCAUAGUCGGUAAGACACUUGUAGUUUACAGUGGUGGGCUUGGUACACCAGAAAACUGGUGAUAAAGUUCCAAUGUAAAGYGAUUAAAGCUGGGUAGACUGAGUACUAACACUAAAUGACAAUAUACRAAAAGUCUGCAUGUAUGUUAUAAGUUUGGAGUCCUGGCGAAAGGAUGAUGUGCAAGAAAUUAGGACAUAUUUGGGCUUGGUGCUUGGGCUCAGUGGUGCCUUCUGAGACUACAGAGCUACAUGAGGUCUACAGAAUCUUGAGGAUGUGUCCAGAAAGGCAAAACUCGAUGUCUGAGCUUCACUGUGCACAUGGGGCCAGCUGCUUGCAAGCUUCUUUGCUGCCUGUUUGAAAGUAGAGGAAUGAGCAAAGUUCACAAUGAAAGAGGAUCACACAACACACCUGACAAACAUGAUCUGGAGGGGGGCAGUGGUCUGGGGAUACCUGUGCAAUGCCCUGGAAGAGAGCCCUGCAGAGAGGGCUAGACGAUUUCUGCUUUCCAAGAAACCCUGCACUGACUAGGGCCAUGGAGACAGGCAGACAAGUGACGGAACAGCGGAGGAAGAUGGGUUUUGUGUAGAAUGAGGACAAGAAAUUCAGAAGUGAGAACAACUCCCGGGAUUUCCUGAUGGCUACAACAGUUGAUCCUGUUCAAAAUGUGACUCCAGAAGGCCCAGGUAACAUCUCUGAGCGAGCAUCUGCAGAAUUGGUGCGGGUGUCCUUUCAGUCCUGGUCAGAAUUCAUCAAAAAACUUUGAAAUAGCCAAUACCCUGUAAAAAACAAUCCCCCUGUUUCCUACAUUGGCCUGGGRUGCUGCCUUGAGCAGACUCAUUCACAGACAAUAUUGCUACAACUGCAACAGGAGCCAUAUUCAUGCAGGCUGAUUUUGGAUAAAGGUUUUUCCUCUUAUGUUGAUGCUAGACUAUAUUCUUCAUAAGAAACCUGCUAGAACACACAAUGGAGCAAAAUCUACUGUCUAAAGGAUAUGAGUCUAUCAGUUAUUUUUGUUGUUGCUCUUCAAUUUUCUCUCUCCAACAGGGAAGCAGCCUAGUUACUUAAGGUAUUUUAUUUUAAAACAACAAAUUGGCCCUAGCUGCUGCUUUUAUGCCAAAUGUCAGUCUGAGAGUUUUAAAAUAGGCAACUUCCAUCUCUUCCCCUUAAACCUGGGGCUGAUUAAGGAAAUAAUGACUGAGCCGAACUUCGGAAAGCACUGUGUGAUGACUAAUCCUCAUUGAGGACAAAUAUCCUUUGAUUCAUCUCUUACUGCUGCGAACGGGAUCUUCUUAACUUACAAACCACAUUUCUUCCUUCCACAAGUGCAUACCUCCAAAAACUUGCUCCUGCUUCAAGUAAUGUCAGAGUGUGUUAGCCCAGGAAGAGAGAAAAAUCAUUCCAUUCAGCUCUUUUUCUUCUGCGUGUUUGCUGACAUGAACCCAGUCAGCACUAAAGCCUCUUGACAGCAAAAGGGAAGAUUUUACAGUUGCAUUUUCCCAGUCCGUGAACUUCAGAACUUGUGAAGUCCAGAGGCAGACGCAGAACUUGAACCCGCUUUGAAUUUCUUGCUCCUGCCUUGCCCUUUCCGUCACAUCUGGGAUUCUUUUCAUCACUUUUAUUGURCUUGUUGAUGUGGUGAUGGGUCCCAGCUCUCCGUGCUGAGAAAGUGUGAAGGGCAAAGUCCUGCUCGUCUGAGCAUGGGAGGGAUGGGGGUGUGUGUGAGAGGGAGUGUGCAUGGGAGCCUGUGUAUGUGUUAUUUAGUGUCUCCCGCUACAGAAGCUUUUCUGGGAUAUAGAUUGCAUGUUAGACUAGGAAAAUUAUGCAUAAGUGGCAUAAAAAGAUAUUAGCUAGUAUUGUCUUUGCAUUGUGUGUAGGUUUGGCUAGUAAUAAGAGAUGUAAAACUCUGCUAGGCUUCCAAUUCCCCAUAAGAGCACACGUAUCAAACUGAACYGAAUGUUCGCUGAUAGACACAAAUCCAAAAUGUUUACAUCAUUCAGAGCAAUAGGAAAGCAUACCUCAUGCCAGUGCUGGAGUGCCUCUCCUCACUGCAAACCCUGCCCUUGGGCAUCUCACUUCUCCCUCCAAACCCUCCUCUCGCCGUCCUGUGCCGGUACAAUCCCCUCCUCUUCCUUAUCCUCACCUCCUUCAAGCCCUCCUGUCCAUGCCGAACCUUCCUCUCUGCCAGCACCGCUUGUCCCUGUGCAUCAGCCCUGGCCUCGCAUCCUGACCUCUACCCCCAAACCCACUAUCCUCGUCUAUCCCUCCUCUCUCCAUCUCUUUUCACCUUCCCGGACGCUUGUGUCUGGUCUUUCCAUCCUACAUACUCCCUACUCUUGCUAUAAUGCUCUUAGCAGCUAUCCCUUGCCUAUUAUGUAAGAAGAAAAUGCUCCGCAUAAUUUCUGCGUCAUUUUUUCGUACCAGAGGCUGCUGCAGCCAUCUCGAUUCUCACUACUGUGUU